GUUAAAGGCAAGUAGCGCGCAGCGAGCCCGCGUCACGGCUAGCAUCGCCUGACGGGUUGGCCCGUUCGGUUUGGCUGCGGCUCAGGCUGUCCCAUUUACCUUGGAGCAGAGAUGGAUGAGGGUGACGAGCCGGGUCUAGUUCACCCUCACAACACGUCGACGGGGUCUAAAACGGGCGGCGACAAGAUGUUCUCCCUCAAGAAGUGGAACGCCGUGGCUAUGUGGAGCUGGGACGUUGAGUGUGAUACGUGUGCCAUUUGCAGGGUUCAGGUGAUGGAUGCUUGCCUCCGAUGCCAGGCUGAGAACAAGCAGGAAGACUGUGUCGUGGUAUGGGGGGAGUGCAACCACUCUUUUCACAACUGCUGCAUGUCCCUUUGGGUGAAACAGAACAAUCGCUGUCCCCUAUGCCAACAGGACUGGGUUGUUCAGAGAAUUGGCAAAUAAGCUUCACUGCAAAGCCAUCUCACUCCGUCAUCGCCUGUCUGUAUACGUGGAAGACUGGAACACUGGAUUCACCCGUUCAGAGCCAUUGAUGAAUACAGUUUUACCCCUAUGUACAAGUGAAUGCUGGCAUACCUCUGAUGUCACGGAAGGACAGUGGACUAAAUUCAGAGGAUGGAAGACUUUAUGUUCACCACUGGUCAGUCUAGCCUGGAUGGAUGGAGAGUCAUGAAGAGGAAGGGCCCUGUUGCAGUGCUUAUUUUAUUUUAACUCUUUGUUGUUUUUUGGUGGUGUUUAAAACGUCUUGAAAAGAUGUUUCUUUAAAAAAAAUAAAGAAAAAUUGUGUAGAAUUAAGAAUAUGAAUAUUUUGUCCAU